CUUAUUAAGAAGACGGACCGGAUUAGCCAACGUCAAGGCCCGACUAACCAAAACUAGCUUCGGCCUGUUUGUGUUCUUCAUGGUGUCCCGAAAACAGACUCGGGUGUGGAAGUACGUGGAGGAGGGAAGUCUACUGAAGCUGAAGUCGUACCUGCGGAAGCACCGGGACCUGGACGUCAACUUCUCCCAGGGAAAGAGGCAGAGGAGCCCGCUGCAGCUUGCCUGCUGCCUGGGAGACGACGCCGUGCUGCGGCUGCUGCUCAAACACGGAGCCGAUGUUCUCCAGAGGGACCGGAGAGGAGACACGGCGCUGCACACCGCCGCUAACAGGGCUCUAAAACACGGGAAAACAGCGUAUGAUGACCUGGUCGUGCCUCUGAAAAAACACUGCCCAGAAGCUUUGAAUGCUGCAAACACAGCUGGAGUCACACCUCAAGACCUGCUGAACUGGAGGAAACAUUCAGAGACUGCAGACAACAUGAGCCAUGCAGCUAAAAGAGACCCUGAGGAGGAGUGGAUGGAGAAGCUGUUUGGUGAAUGCGAGGACGAAUUCUGUGAAACUUUUGGAGUAUAUGACGAUGAUGAUUUUCUUCCUGUCGAUGACGACGAGGAAGACUUCGGGGACUGGGCCGAUCGCAUCAGGAGAGAAUACUUCGAUAAAAAACAUGCAGAAGCUCAAAGACUGGCAGCGUCGUCUUCUGGAUGGAAGAAGAGGAAACAGGAGAGAGAACAAGAGGAGCAGAGCAGGAAGGAGCUUCAUGAGAAGCUGCAGAGGGAACAUGAAGAGUAUCUGGCUCGAGCGGCUCGUAAAGAGGAAGAGACCCGACGGGGAAAGAAGCGGCAGUAUGACGAGAGGUGCGCCGCUACGUUUCACAGCGGUUCCUCUGCAGGCGCCUCGAAGCUGAGCUACGGCGACAUCCCCUGGCCGGCUCCGAGAGGGACGGUCCAGGAGAUGGUGGAUGUGAUGCUGCACGGCGUGGACCGGAAGGAUGUGCCGGCAUUUCGUAAAGUCGUCCUGAAGCAACAGGCGCUGUGGCAUCCGGAUAAAUUUGCUCAGAGGUGUGGAAGUCGGUUGGAGGAGAAAGACAAGCAGCGGAUUCUAGAUACAGUCACGGCUCUGUCACAGGAGCUCAACAGACUAGUUCAGAGUCUGAGGACUUAGAAAUCAACAUGUGUACCAGUCGUAUUCUACAUGUGCUCCUCCAGUAAUGCGAAAAAUAUCCAGCAACAUUUUAAUCAUCAGACCACCUUCAUUUGAAAUCAUUCAGACCAAUAGCGCUGGUAUCACUCUGGCCACUUUGUCAGUUACGCCUGUGAAACCCAAAGACAACCCAGUACAGGUAAGAUAAGAUAAAACUUUAUUAAUCCCAAAGGAAACUCCUUUGACAGCUUGUGCUCAGAAAAGAACUAAAAGAAAUGCAGUACCUAGAAGAAAAGCAGUGAGAUAGGAGAGGAGCCAAGGCCUAACCAGCAGCCUACUAGAAAUAACACAUUCCAAGUUGUAUAACUCAUGGUUAUAUGUCUGUAUAAAAGCUACGCUGUUUCCCUCCUUUGUCAGUCACUUAUUCAGACUGUGCUUUGUUCAUAUUGAUUCCUUGCCGCAAGUAAAACUUUGCUCUGACUUAAGAGGCGACUGUUCACUUUGUCGUUUCUUACUUUAGAGUAGCGUUACUUUUUAACCGACAACUAAGUAAGGAGAAGAUGGUUUUACCUUGCUGACAUGUUUCGACCGUGUUUGCGGUCUUCCUCAGAGCAUCAUCUGCCAUGUGAUGAUGUGUCAUUUUUAUCAGGUGACCGGUCUGACGGAUCUAUCAGAAUCUAUCAGACCGGUCAAACCCCCAGCCGUCUGAUGGUCUGUGGAGGAUGGAAUCGUGGAACUGCUCGCCUGCUUCCUGAUCUCUAUGGCCUCCUGAAUCCAUCGUUUGUAUUUAUUACCCUCUGAUGUUAUGAUCCUCCCCUUGUCUUGGUCUAUAAUGUGGUUAUUUCUUUUGCAGCAGUCCGUGAUGGUUGAUUAAGUUAUCUUGUUCGGCUUUGUCUUUUAGUGUUCCUGUGAGUCGUCCAACUACUUAAAAAAACCGACAAGUCAUUGCACGUCAGAUGACGCUCUGAGGGAGACUGCAGACGUGACAAACAUGUCAGCAAGGUGAAAAACCAUCUCUUCCUUACUUAGUUGUUGGUUUAAAAGUAACGCUGUUCUAAAGUAAGAAACGACAAAAUGAACACAAUCCAUCUAGUACGAUACAUUACUGUCAGGAAAAUUCUUCAGUGGAGUCCUGACUUCUCCAAAUUAACACUCAGAAUCGUCUCUAAAGUCAAAGCAAAGUUUUACUUGCGGCAAAGAAUUAAUGUGAACAAAACACAAUCUGAACAAGUGGCUGACAAAGGAGGGAAACGGCGUAGCUUUUAUACAGGCACAUAAGCACGAGUUACACAUCUUGGUAUGUGUUAUCUCUCGUAAAAUGGAAAAUGACUGAGCACAGCUUCAUACAAGUUCCACACUGUUCUAUAGUAUUACAAUGAAUGAGAGCAUUUAAUCAUAAAAUACAAUCAUUUUCAUAACAAUUACUGAAAAUGAUCAAAGUAAAAAGUAAUGCUGGCAAUGAUACUGAGGAACAAUCCAGCUAUAAAUUCAACUUUCACAAAGCUUUUAAAUUUCUACUUUUUGUGGAUGUUGUCAAAGAUGGGAUAACUCUGCUGUCUGUUUAUUAUUUAGGUCAUACUUUUAAAGUUGGUUGGAAAAAUGAGACAUGUCAACGUCAGAGACUUCAAGGGUAAUUUUAAAGUUCUGGCAAUAAUUCAGUGAACAAAAUAUUAAGAGUACAUUUAAAUGUAAGGCAGUCCAGCCGACAAAAGCUGAAAAUGUAGAAGUUUUGUUAAAUUAUUUAUGAUUUAUGGCAGAGCUGUUCUAUUGGAUUGCAUUUGAUUUCACAGGUGGACCUGAUAAAGUGGCUGGUGAGUGGACGUAAAAGUGGAAAUAACCUAGAAUUAAAAACAGAGGAUGCAAGCAGCCCCUUUUAGCCUGCAUUCAGAUUAAGGUGAAUGAGCUCUAAUCAAAUCUGAAGAUCCAGUCGUUCAUUUUGUCCCACAGUGUCGCACUGAAGAAGUUCUCCAGAGGUCACUUCUGUCCGUAAGACUUUUUCAAGAAUUGUUUCCUUAAUGCACAAACCAAGAGGGGUUUCUCAGGUUUCUGCUACACUUCCACGGUUUUUCUUCUUCAUCUGCUAAACCUUUCUUCAUUUGCAGCAGCUACAGUCUGAUUAGUUGAAGGGAGGAGACGUUGCUCAAGGGCACCUUAGUGAUGGCGAUGCUCAAAUCUGUCAGUCCGAUGAUCGAUGCUGUGACCUUUAGCUUCACCUCUCUAAUCUCUAAAAUUGAUCCCGGAGUGUUCCUGGUGAGUGUAUGUGUGAAAAUGCAAAUUGCUUCCGACAAAAGCGUAUCAGUGUGAUGGAUUUUCAAUAUUUAAUCUGGUUGAAAUGUUCCUAAAAUGUGAGUGUGGAGCUGCAGGAUUAAAACACUCCAGAUGGUUUUGGCUCCAGAUUGAAAAAAUGAGUACAAACAUAUUUUCAUUUGUUGAUUUCCUUUAUUUAAUAAAUAAGAAAAUAUAAACACCA